AGGGUUCUUCUUCUUCUUCUUCUUCUUCUUCUUCUCCUGAGAUUGGAGUGGGAAAAAGGAAAAUUUCCCAAAUCAAAUCUCACAGUUCGUGGUGGAGAUCGCUUGCUUUGAUCUCCAGCUCGUAGUGUCUCUUGUGGGAUUUCUCUUUGGCUUAGAUAGGAACAUAGAGUUUGAUUUGUGGCGCUACUAACUCAAGGUUGAUUGGAGUUUGUGAUACUUGUGGGCGCUACUUGGCGCCCAAGAUCAAAUCUAAUAGGCUAGGCUGAAAAAGCUAACUCUCCUGAACUUCUGGUCUAACUCUGGGAAGAUUUUGGGAUAACUAAGACAUAUAUAUUUCUGGUAGAAGAAGAAUAAGAAAUGUAAUUUACUGUACAAGAAAAUUCUAUUUGAUGCAGUGUGGCAGAGCCUUUUCAGUUGACCUUCUAAGGUUUCUGUUGUCUGUGAGGAGCUUUGGAAGUUUGUGGUGCUGAUAAAGAAGCCGUGAUAUUGAGCUUUCCUGAAGUACAAAAUAUUUUUGCUCUUCUUGAUUUCCUUUGAGAUCAUGGAUGGUUGACCUCAAAAUGUUUGAAUUGGCGGAUGAUCCUUAGUUCUUUGGGCAAUCAAAUACCCUGCGCCACUCUCUGCUUAUUUACUGGAAUAUCGCCUUGUAUUAUCGUUUCUCCAGUGAAAUAGUGAAGAAAUGGAAACUUUUACGGCUCCUGUCGCUGCAAAGCCUUAUCUUUUCCCUUCUCUUGGACCCGCCCUAAUGAUCUCUAUGGGGUAUAUCGACCUUGGGAAGUGGGUGGCAGCUGUCGAUGGUGGGGUGCGUUUUGGAUAUGAUCUUGUGCUACCAGUGCUCUUUUUCAACUUCACUGCAAUUUUGUGCCAGUACCUCGCAACUUGUAUCGGCAUGGUCACUGGAAAAAAUCUUGCAGAGAUGUGCAGUGAGGAGUAUUCCAGAUCAUCGUGCAUACUUUUGGGAGUUCAAGCAGAGCUGUCCAUGAUUACUUCGGACCUUACAAUGAUUUUGGGCAUUGCACACGGAUUAAAUCUACUGUUUGAUAUUGACCUCAUCACGUGCAUCUGUUUUGCUAGUGUUGCUGCUAUAUUCCUUCCUCACUUUAUUACCACCUUGCUGCAGGACAACCAGGUCGCAGAAGCACUGUAUGUUGGAAUAGCAGGCUUUGCUCUGUUAUGUUAUGUUUUUGGAGUACUAGUUAGUCAGCCAGAAAUUCCCCUGGUAAUGAAUGUUAUUUUCCCUAAAUUGAGUGGGGAGAGUGCAUACUCCUUGAUGGCUCUUCUUGGCGCAAAUAUAAUGGCACACAACUUUUACAUCCAUUCUGCAGUCGUACAGCAGCAGAGAAAACCCGAUACUGUUGCUAUCGGCGCCUUGUUUAAUGAUCACUUAUUUGCUAUCUUAUUUAUAUUUACUGGCGUUUUUCUGGUGAAUUAUGUACUGAUGAACUCAGCAGCAGCUGUUUCCAGCAGUGCAGAAGUUCUGCUCAGUUUUCAGGAUGUUUUUUUGCUGAUGGACCAGAUAUUUAAAACUGCUAUAGCACCAGUAGUGUUUUUUCUGGUCCUUCUCUUUGCUAGUCAGAUCAAUGCUUUAACAUCAAACACUGGUGGAAAAGUGAUCGUGCAACAUUUGUUUGGCAUGAACCUCUCUGUUUCGGCUCAUCAUCUGCUAGUUAAAGUUCUCGCCUUCAUCUUGGCUCUCUACAGUGCAAAGGUGGCGGGUGCUGAAGGGAUAUAUCAGUUACUGAUUUUCUGUCAAGUUAUGCAAGCUAUGGUUCUUCCAUCCUCUGUUAUUCCCCUUUUCCGCAUUGCUUCAUCAAGACUGAUAAUGGGUGCCUUCAAGAUCUCUUGGUAUCUCGAAGUCCUGGCUUUGUUUGCCUUUUUCGGAAUGCUAGCAUCAAACAUAAUUUUUAUCAUAGAGAUGCUAUUCGGGAAUAGUGGUUGGAUAAAUAACAUUAAGGGAAGUACGGGAAGCAAUUUUGUUGUCCCUUACACUGUCCUCCUCCUUAUUUCUUGUGCAUCCAUUGCUUUCACACUCUAUUUGGCAGCUACACCCCUGAAAUCUGCUAGUGAAGAACCAGAUAAUCAACUAUGGAUCUCUCCCACCCAGAAAAAUUACCAGGAGCUUUCUGAGAGUAGAGAGGUUAAUAAUACUCCAGAAAAUAUUGAGUUUGAUGACGAUCAGGUCUCUAUGGUAGAAUCUAACUUGGAUAAUCUGGUAGAGUCUCAUCCCGACAAAUCAACUGUAGAAUAUCAAGAUCUUUCUGAAACAGCUGUUGAAUCCGACCAAGACUCUAAACUAUCUAUUGAUGGCACCAACACUAGUACUAUAACUUGUCCUUCCCCAACAUAUCUUCCUGAAGAACCAAAGUUCCUCCUGGAGGAAACUUUGCCAGAAAUAGUAAACAAGACUUCACCUGGUAAUUUACCAGAUUCUAUCAAAGUCGAAACGAAAGUGGAAGCACAAGCAGAGGUUUGCACUUCUAAAGAGAAUGAUGAAGCAGAAACUUUGGAUUCCGAUAAGUCUCUUAGAGAAACUUUUCCAACUUCAACAACUGAUGGUCCAGGAUCUCUUACUAGUGUAAAGGAAAGAGGAUCUGAUGGGUUUAAUGGAAGUGAAAGUUUGUCAAAAAUCUCUGGAUUGGGUCGUGCAGCAAGACGCCAAUUUGCAGCUAUUUUGGAUGAAUUUUGGGGGAAUUUAUUCGAUUUUCACGGUAAACUCACGCAAGAUGCAAGCAUGAAGAAGCUUGAUGUUCUGUUGGGGCUUGAUUUAAGAGUUGUUGGGUCCUCGGCCAACUCAAGCGCUGAAUCGUCCAAGAAUCUCUUUAAUGAUGCAGAUAAGGGACUUGAUAUUGCUGCAAACUCGAGCAACUUCAUGUCUCGUAGGCAAGGUAGAAUUUCCAAUUUGGACCUAAGUUAUGGGCGGCAGAUUGGUUCCUCGUCUUGGGCCCAGAACAUGCAAUUACCAAACACACAACUACAAAACUCAAGCACCAACAUGCUUGAGGGUAGUGAGAAGUUGUAUUCAAAUUUCAAUUUACCAGCUUAUUCCGAUACGCGGGAUUACCAACCAGCAACCAUACACGGCUAUCAAUUAGCAUCCUAUCUGAAAGGGUCAAGUGUAGGGCGAUCUCCCUACUCUACUAUAUCACCGGACCCGCAAUCAGCUUCUAAGCUUUCUUCAUCCUUCAUGACAAAUUAUGGAGAUUCAGUUAUGUAUGCUUGUGGUCAGGAUGCGCUUGGUUCGGAUGCGCUUGGUUCAUUAGGAACGUCAGGUAUACAGAGCCCAACUGCUGCUCAAAUUUGCAGGCUGCAGGCUGAAAACCCCUAUUAUAAUCCUUCACUGGUUGAACCUAGUGAGAGUGUUGGCGCUGGAGCAUAUACAAAAAAGUACCAUACUUCACCUGACAUAUCUGCAUUAAUUGCAGCUAGUAGGAGCUCCUUGUUAAAUGAAGGUAACUGGGGUGGGCCCAUUGGGCCACGGCCUUCUCUAAGUAGGAUGGCAUCUGAGAGGUCACAAUAUGCAAACUCUAUCUCUAGGACGGGAGUUCCGUUACCUUUCAAUGAGCUUUCUCCACCCAGACUUGAUAGAGAUGUUUUCUCGUUGCAGUCGAAUUUGAAUUUGAAUCCUGAUUCCAAAUCUCUUUGGUCGAGGCAACCUUUUGAGCAAUUAUUUGGUGUGACAAAAAUGGAUCAGAGUAGGGGAGAUGGAGGGAUUGGGGGAGUUGCCCAUAGAUUUAGCACAGCUGCCAGGCAAACCUCUUAUGCGGAAGCAGAAGCCAAACUACUUCAAUCUCUCCAAUUUUGCAUUACAAAACUGUUGAAAUUAGAAGGUUCAGAAUGGCUCUUUAAACAGAAUGGUGGGUGUGAUGAAGAACUGAUUGAUCGAGUGGCUUCAGCUGAGAGAUGGUUACAAGGAGGUACAAGUGAGAUCAAUCAGAUUUACAUGGGAGAGCCUCAGCAUUUGGCUUCUCCUGAUCAGAAGUUCGGUUCCGUGCAGAGGAGCGAAGAGUUGGAAGCCCGAUUUGGUCAGCCAUUGCCUAAUUGUGGAGAUAAUUGUGUGUGGCGGGCAGCUCUGGUGACGAGUUUCGGUGUUUGGUGCGUUCGCCGUAUCUUGGAGCUAUCACUUGUAGAGAGCCGGCCAGAGCUUUGGGGCAAGUAUACUUAUGUUCUAAACCGCCUUCAGGGAAUUCUCGACCAAGCAUUUUGUAAGCCCCGGCAAUCCCUCCUAACAUGCUCAUGUAUUGAGCUCACGGGGAAGGACAUGAGAAAUCUCACCAAGCCAUUGCAGAAUGGGCAAUCAUUAUCGACACUUGGUAAACCAAUCAGAGGGUCCUUCACAACUGCUAGUGUGGUCCUCGAGAUCAUCAAGGAUGUCGAGAUUGCUGUUUCUGGUCGCAAGGGCCGGACAGGGACUGCGGCCGGGGACGUCGCAUUCCCAAAAGGAAAAGAGAACUUGGCAUCUGUACUGAAGCGGUACAAGCGGCGGCUCUCCAACAAGUCUUCAGGUGCCCAUGAAGGUACUUCAUCUCGGAAGGCCACUUCGUCGGGUUCCUUGGUCUUAUAGCGUUCAACAAAAUGUCGGUUUUGCUUUAUUUGAAAGAGUCGUGGGUUUUUUUCGUUGGAAAACGUUCUUACGGAUCAGAGACUCUUCUUCCAUUGUCCAUGCCAAGUUCUCUCCUCUUUGUUUUUUUUUUUUUUUUUUUUUUUUUUUUUUUUCUUUCCCUGUAUGUUGUUGUAUAACAGUCGAAAGGAACAAUAUUUGAAGAAAGGAUGAAGAAAUAUAGGGGCUGGUGCAUUUUCAUGUUCGCCCUGCUAAUAUUUUUCCAUUGCUUGUAUGUUGGUGGAUCCAUGCGUGCAAACAUUGUCUUAUUUUAAGUGGGUAUUGAGCUUGUGUUUUUUUUUCCCCACUUUGUUUAAUAGAUGGUGAACAUACAUCUGUGGAAUGCGAGAAUAAUUGAUUAUUAAUGUGAGUUAAUGUAUUUGUUGGUCGUAA